GGUACCUGGCUUGGCGAUGAUGCCCCGUCUGUGUGGCGGAGGCGGCGGUCGCUCCCUUGUUUCGGCGUGCCUUCUCUCCGUGUGUCAAGCCGUAAGGAGGUGCGGGGAGGUACAGUGCGGCGACGGUCAGCAGUGCUGCCCACCCAUGGUCACCGGGAACGGCAGUAGCAGCAGCAGUAGUAAUGGUGGUGGAGGCACAUCAGUCCGUUGCUGCAAGCUCCCCAUCCACAUCUUCUUCGACAACGUGGGUUGGUUCACCAGGAAGUUGUCUGGAAUCCUCAUCCUGUUGCUGCUCUUCGCUAUGGGCUACUUCAUCCAACGGAUUGUCUGCCCGCGACCACGGCGGAACCAACACCAGCAGGAUCGCGGGGAGGACCCCUCCCUCUUCAGCGGGCAAACAUCCGCGUCGCAGGACUCACUGCUGGACCGCUACCCCGAUUGCACCCCGGUGGGCAUCGCCUCGCCCAACCUGCCCGCUUACGAUGAGGUGAAGUAUUUACCUACGUACGAGGAGAGCAUGCAGGAGAUGCACCGGGACCGGUCCGAUAACAACUUGUUGGCCGACCACGAGAGAAGUGGUCCGGGCAGAGGGAGAGCUGCUGGCCCGGCAAUUGGCGAGCAGAGACUGGAUGUUGUCGAGGGACAGCAGCACAGGACGUCUAGGAACUCUGUCUGAUGGAAAGCACAAAUAUAUCAUGUACUAUUGUCUUUUUGGAUUAUUUGAAUGAUCAGGGUCUUAUAAUACUGUAAAAGUGCAAUUUUCAUAGCCAGUAUUGACAAUAAAAAUGGGGACAUUGAAGGUAAUCAAAAUGUCAUUAUGUCUUCCUACAGUGACAACAUGAAAUCUUUUAAAUAAUUGUUGCACUUACCAAAUUUUCAUUGUUUCUCAGAACCAAAAAAGCUAAAUAUUCAUAGCAAUUUCCUUAAAAAAUGAAUACAUUUCCCCUGUUACUGAUCAUUUGAAACUUUUCCUUACAUUACUUAUACUGAAAAGAGGUUGUCAGGGAUCAUUAUGAAUCCUUAUUUCCUCAUUAUUUGCAGGACCAAAUGUCAACAUUGUGAUUUG